AUGUCCCAAGGAUUGUCCCCUCCUGCCCUACUCUGGCUGGAAGAGAUUUGUGUAGUGAUGUUCCUAAGGAUACGCAGACUAGUCCUUCAAGCUGGACUCCUGGUUUGUGCAGUCAUCUUUCUUCUCUGGGUGUCUGUGUUCCUGUAUGGUAGCUUCUACUACUCCUACAUGCCAACUGUAAAAUUCUCCAGCCCUGUGCACUACCAAUACAGGUCUGUAUAUUUUCCACAAAGCCCAGAAAACAGUGUCAGUAGUUCAAACCUCUAAUAUUGCUUUACUGUGUAUUAGAAAUUGGUGUCUACCUGGUCUGUCUGUGUGUGUCUUUUUUGUUAGCACCUGUAUUGAUGCACAUUUAAGAAUAAAAGUAUCGAUGGUCUAUGACAGGGGUAGACCAUCCAGAUGUAGUGGACUUAAUUUCCUUAUAAUGCUUUUAUAGUCAUAAUGAUGGCAAAACAUCAGGGGAGAUACGUCCACAACAUCUGAAGUGAUGAAAGUUUGCUACCCUGGUUUAUAAUUAUUGCUAAAUGAUAAUGGUGUAAUCUGGCACACAGAUAAUAUGCUGUGCAUUCUAUAAAUCUGUAUAUUUUUAUUUAUUUUUUAUCAUUACCAGGUAAAUCACAUCAGGUAUCUAUCGUAUGAUAAAGUUGAAUAAACCUACAUAGUCUGUUAUUUUGAUGCCUAAACAGAUGUCACUUUGCCAGAGGAAAUCAAAUGUGUUUUGGCUAUUGUUUUGCUUAAAAGGUUACUCCAAACACCAAUAACUACUUCUAUCUUAUUUAUGCACAUACACAGCCUCAUUGCUGCUGGUGGUAUAAUGUAACAAGAGUUCUGAGCUGGUUAAUGCCAAUUUUACAACAUGACAGGAGGCUUCAUAUUUUGCAUUAAAUUUCUUUACUAACUCCAUAGCAGCAAAGAAAAAAACAGUUGAAAUAAAGAACCAAUCAGAGCGAGUCAGUGUAUAUAUAAGUCCAAGCAUGACCAAUAAUUUCCUCUUUCUUUGCUGCUCCAUCACAAGUAACAGGUCAGAGUACUAAUUUCUUAACUGUCAUUUUUCAAAUGUAUUAUAAUCUUAUAGUUAAAGAGACACUGUAUUAUUUUCCAAGUAUAGUGUGUGUGUGUGUGUGUAUAUGUAUGUGUGUGUGUGUGUGUGUGUGUGUGUAUGUAUAUAUAUAUAUAUAUAUAUAUAUAUAUAUAUAUAUAUAUAUAUAUAUAUAUAUAUAUAUAUAUAUAUAUAUAUAUAUAUAUAUAUAUAUAUAAUUUUAUAGCAGCAUUAGAAUUAAUUAUUAUUAUAAUAAACAUAGAAUGUGACGGCAGAUAAGAACCAUUCGGCCCAUCUAGUCUGCCCAAUACAACACCCAACACAGUAUUGUGUUUAUGUUACUGUCCUGGGGGUGGCAGGGGAUCCCUUAGUAUUUAAUAUCCAUUGGGCUGUUAACCAUUGCAGGGGUUAACCCCUCUCCCCUCCGUAACGGAGAAUAAAUAUAAUCUCUGUGCUGUAUUGAUGAAUUGUAAACUUGUGAGAUUUAGAUAGACAGGCAUAGAAAUGUCAGUAUGUCCAGGUUAUGGGAUAUUGGAUAGCGUGUUUUUUUUUUUUUUUUUUUCAUGUGAUAUUUUUAUUCUCUUUUCAUUAGAAGCCUCUUUUGAGGCAACGGCGUUUCACCUCCCCCUUAUGGUGGCUACGUUCGCCACUUUCACUCCUUUCCCGCGCUGUUUGCACUGUAAUCUGUGCGUACAGAGCGGGCAGUCACUCUGUUCGCGCAUUGCAAGGCACGAACAGAUGUCUGACUGACUCCCCCCGCCUGUUCGCACUAUAUUUGUGCGAACGGAGCGGCCAAUUACUGUUCGUGCCUUUCUACGCGAAUGGGCCAACCAAGCCCACCUAUUCGUCUAGUUUUGCACGAUUAAUUUAUACAAAUUCCGUCCGUGAAUUCAACGUGAAAAACAGCCGUUCGUUACUUUUCUGCCGAACGCUAUAAGCAGUAUCUGUUUACUCCCCUUCCCCACGAACGGUUUUCGCUGGCUUUUUUUCCUGUCAGCUACCUCGGGUCUCUUGUGAGACCCGCGGCAACCAUUUGGUUGGUGUAGUUUUGGCGGAACCACACUCAUCACGAUAAGGCAAACCGGCUGAAGAUUUGACGAGAGAUGAUUCCAGUUUUCUCACAGGGACCUCUGCAGGUUAGUUUGACUACCCCAGGGGAGUAGGACUGCCAGUUAAGGUAUACCCUAGUAGUUUGGCAAGGGGUGAGCCCCGAUUUGGGUAAUUCCCUGAAUGCUGCCUAACGGAACCUGUUAAAGCAGUUCCGAAUUUCUGGGUGAACCCCAGCGUUAGAGAGUCUGCUUUUUCCACGCCACUGGGUGACAAACAUUAUACGGCCUAACGGGCUGUCUACAUCCGUCCCACAAGGUCCCUUCGACCCUCAUGCCUGUGCCUGUUAGUGCCCGAAUUAUGAAGGACACACAGAACCCGAUUUGACCUUCAAACCAUGAUCAACGCAGUUGCUGCGUCCUGGAGAAGGCAAUGGCGAAGGUGUUACCAACGGCCUCUGAACCUAUCAAGACUGUUUGCAAUCAUUCCCACAGCAGGGAGGACUCAGAUGAUUCCAAGGAGAGACUACGCCCGGCGAAACGGCACUAGACGGGCGAGCAGUCCAAAAGGCCGCUAACAAGGGCAAGGCACCGCUGAAGCGCAGUAAGUGCCCUACGACCACAGCCCCACAUACAAAACUCAAGAGAUUUCCUUGGAUGAGGACAAGGAAAUGCCCCAAUCCCUCUCCACUCAUGGAUGAGUGGCAGGCAGAGGUCUUAGAUUCGGACGAGGCCGAGUGGGGCUCCCAACGCCUACAUGAAGGAGACCUUCCUGGGUGAGCCCCAGUGUGAAGGAGAUGUGGAGCCAUCCGCUACAGUUGCUACACAGGAACAGGAGAUAUUCCUGAACGCCACGGGGCAGAGGAUGUUUGACCUCAGGAACAUACGGCACCCCCGCUCUGGGGAAUGGGCACCUACUCAGGGUCAUGCACUUUGGACCUGCAAGUCCCUGGAGAAACGUGCCCCAGACCACCCCUGCCAAACAAGGUGGCUUUGCAUGCCAGAGUUUGACCAACUCAUGCUGGCCUUUAUGGAGCGAAGGGACGACCCGCACAAAGGGGUCGAGAGAAGCUUUAAAGGGGCACAAGACAAACUCUUGGACACGAUGGGGCCACUGGCCCGUGUGAUAUACCUGGCGAAGCUUAUGCCAGAGCAGACUCAUUUACUGUGGACAUGAUGCGUGAAUUGGCAAAUGAUAUUCGAGAAUGGACCCAGAGGGGUUUCUGCUUUCUCGAGAAUACCAAUACGGACCUCUCAUUAGAGCGGUGCCGCGCAGCACUUUUCCGUAUUGACCCCAAACAGGCCAACAAGCUUACCAGCACAUCGGCUGUAGACAACACUACCCUUACUACCAAAGGGACACAGACAGAGGACGGGGUGGUCAGGGAUAUAUCUGCGCAAGAGUCCCCCAUAGGUAAUAGACCACCACUUAUCAAGAUCUCAACUAAACAUGACUGCCGGCCGUGUUUCUCUUUGUUCCCAGAAUUGGGCAAAACUACCCACAGAUGCUAAGGGUGUUACAGAAGGUCAAUGGGCACCACAUCGAAUUAUAAACGUUCCCCGUGCAGAGGUACCCUCCUCAUCCCUUAUACCUCUCAACUUCGGACGCUCACCUCAUAGAAGUGGAGCUCCGCGAACUACGCAUGAAGGGCGCUAUACAACCCAUGUGCAAAUAAGGGGGCUUCUUCAGCAUCAUGUUCCUCGCCCGCAAGAAAACCAGGAUUUCAGAUCAGGAUAAAUUUAAGAGACCGGAACGCCCAGGUGACCUACUGCCACUUCAAAUUGGUAGACCUUCACUUACUAAGGGACCUCCUUCAAGAAGGGGACUGGUUUAAGUGUCUAGAUUUCAAGGACACCUACCGGUCGAUCCCAAUUCACAAAGUCAGCCGCCCCUUCCUUUGGUUACUGUGGCACGGCUUCUCAUGGCAAUUCACUUGUCUCCCUCUCGGACUAAACUCCGCACCAGGGUACUUAACCAAAAUGUUGAGACCACGGGUAACACACCUCAGAACGCAGGGGAUCAGAUGUAACCCUUACCCGGAUGACAUACUCUUAGUCUGCAGAACGAGCGAACUGGCCGUACAACAUACUGACUAUAUGGUACAAUUGUUGGAGUCCUCGGGUUUCAUCGUCAACAGAGCCAGACCAGGUAUGACCCCAUGCAAGAAAUCCAAUUCCUGGGCUUGGAGAUAAACUCCAGGUCUCGCAUACUCCCGUUGACCAAAGCGACGGCCAUCCGGAAAGAGAGCCGCAGAGUACUCAAGCUCGACUCCAUUCCGCUCUGAAAACUGACGCAGAUCGUUGGCCUACCCUUCUCAACAAGACAAGCCAUAUUUCCAGGCCCCUGCUUUUCGUGCCAUGCAACGGUUGAGAGCCCGCUUCCUUCGAUGGAGUGCCACGUAUAACCAACCAGUUCCGCUGACGGACGAUGUGCGCCAAGAACUUGGAUGGGGAAAAGAAUCCAGGCACUCCAAGGUAUUCCAACAAAUAAGCAAUUUUAUUGGACCCAAGCACCAAAAAAACAGAGUUUCGACCCCUUAAGGUCCUAAGGGUUGAAACAUUGUUUUUUGGUGCUUUGGCCCAAUAAAAUUGCCUAUUUAUUGGAAAACCCUGGAGUGCCUGGAUUCUUUUCUACAUUUAUAUUUGAUAUUUUUGGUUCCUUUUGGUACUGGGGCUAAUCCAGCCUAUUGCACCCAGGAUUCCAGGACAAGGGAUAGUGUGCAUUUCCAUUAUCUAUACAAGAACUUGGAUGGGGGCACAACUGCAUGGAACGGUCGGUCCAUCUCCGGCAACCACCCGAACUUCGGACCGGAAUCGGACGUGAGCAGACUGGGAUGGGGCGCCACGGGUGGGGAGGAAUCCACGGGGGGAACGUGGACAACCCAGGAAACUCUUGAUGCAUAUCAACUGCCUGGAACUACUAACGGGGUCAUUUUGCUAUACGCAACCUAACAAAAGGACGGAUACUUCUACGGAUGGACAACAUAUCUGCAGUACGGUACAUCAACAACUUGGGAGGGAAUCAUUCACAAAAACUGGAAGGAAAUCUUCGUCUACUGCCUCCCACGCAAAAUCACGAUAUGUGCAGAACAUUUACCAGAGGGCCGAACCCUAUCGCAGAUUGGUACUCCAGACACUGGAGAGACGCCAGCGACUGGCAGUGGAACCCGCAGAUAUUCGCCUACCUGAAUGAACAGAAAGGACCCUUCCUACUGGAUCUGUUUACACCAUGCAACAAUCAACUACCGCAAUUACAGCUGGCUCUCAGACCACAAUGCUUGGCGGUGGACGUUUUCAACCAACGCUGGCCAUCACAGGGGCCUUUCCACCAUUCGAUAUGAUUGCGAGAGUUCUCCACCACAUCCGGAGACGAGUAAUAAGUAACCCUCUGGAUGCCCCUCUGGCUGAACCACCCCUGGAUGCCAGAACUCCUCGAUGUCCUACGAGGAUCCAAUUCUGCUGCCGAACGACUCCACCCUACUCAGGGACCCAUUGGGAAAACCACACCCUAUGCUACUGGACGGACGCCUAUCCUUGGUAACCUGGGUGACAUAUGUUAACCCUCACAGUCUGGUGUCGGUCACCACACUGGCCAGAUGGAUCAAUGGCUCCUCUCCCUAACCAGUUUAGGCCCGUCUUUUGACGCGACUUCUGUGCGAGGGGCAACGACAUCAUCGUUUUUUGUUUUUUCUGGUGGGUGCAUCCCUAGCAGACAUAUUAAUAACGGCGGACUGGUCCCGCAAACAGAUGUUCCAGACAUUCUAUUUCCGUCCGUCCAACACCGCGUUCGCUCUUCUACCUAAGCGUUAAAAUUGCAAAAUAUGACGCCUCCUGUCAUGUUGUAAAAUUGAAGAUUAUGCUAGCGCAGUGUACGAAUAAUCUUAAUUUUAAUAAGGACAGGAGGCGAAUAUUUUCCCUCCCUUUUCGACUUGAUGUUCCCACCCUAAUCUGAGGUAAAUUAGAAUUAAUGGGUACUAGUCUAAUUCUAAAGAUUAAAAUUUUAUACUGGUAUGAACUAUGGUUUGGAUUGCUGAUGUUUUUAUCAUUGUGGAUUGACUCUAUAUGAUAACAUUUAUGGUUAGUCAGAUUAGUCAUUAUAAGGAUUUAUGUAUAUACUCAUAUACUUAUGUUUUCAUACGGUCGAUUCCGUAUCACUGAUACUAGUCUGUCUUUUCUUUCAGUUUAACAAGUUUUAUGGAUUACUAGGAUGCCUCAAUUCCAUUAUUGGUUUCAAGUUGGAUCGGACAUGUUAUUUGUUACAUUAUUGACUUGUGAUGUCGCAUUAGUCAAGAGGAAAUGAUUGGUCGUGCUUGGACUUAUAUAUGCUCUGAUUGGUUCUUUUUCUAUUUUUUUUUUUCUUUGCUGCUAUGGAGUUAGUAAAGAAAGUUAAUGCAAAAUAUUCGCCUUCUGUCAUUAUUAAAAUUAAGAUUAUUAGUACACCGCGCUAGCAUAAUCUUCAAUUCUAUGUAGAUUUCUAUGCACAGAAUGUCAUUCAUUGUCUGAGAACACCCAGUUGACGCUGUCAGCCAAUGAAUGGUCCGUAGGAUUGGUAUCUGGCUUCUGUACAUCUGCAGAAAUCGAAUGCUUGUCACGGUCCACCAUUAGAGGACCCUCGGCACCCGGUGGAGACUGUAGUAAGAGGGUAAACUGUUACGGGCUGUAGUGGUUAUGAUGCUUGGAGUGACCCUUUAAACUUUUCCUGGAAAAUAAGCAAGAGCACUUACAGGAUAUUUUUACUGAACUGAAGCAAAAUGAAGAACAAAUGGCAAACUUCAGGCUUGUAUAGCUGAUCUAGAAAAGUUCUGAGUCUAAUACAACUAUAGUCAAAGCAAAGCUUCAGACUUAAAUUCUCUAUGAUUUACUGACUUGUGAAGAACACCCAUAGAUUAAUACUGCCUGAACUGGGGAUUAAAUUAAGUGAGUUUGACAUUUGGGCUUUUCAAUAUUUGGGGAAGACUUAUUCACAUACUUAUGACUUUGAUAUGUAUCUACUAAAUAUGACAAAUCAAGCCUCCUAUCUUUGCAGCUCCUCUUGUAACCCUCCUGCUGGAAUCCUUUGUUCGUUUCCCACAGCCAAUGUGUCUCUAAUGAAAAAUAAUCGUGAUCGGGUGAGAGAAGUCAUAUUGAAUGAGAUACAUUAAGUAUAGUAUUCUGUACCUUCUUACGGCCCUGCAUCUCCCCACAUUUUAUUUCACUGCUCUCCAACACUCUCCCUAAUGAUGUAUUUUUUUUAAUUUUUUUUUUUUUUUUCAUAUUUUCCAUCCAUUAUCUUGUGGGGUUUUAUCUAUGGCUAAUGAACCUUUCACUGCUUCAGUUGCAUGAUUGAACACAUCUCUUUUUCUCUCCAGUCGAAGAAUGUUCUAUUGGCAUUGCAGAGUGUGUGUAAACCAACACAAGCAUAGGAUGGCAUUCUAGGGGGUAGAUUAAGGAAAGCUCCGUUGGCAUAAAACGGUUUAUCCAGUAAUUUACAAACCUAGAAAACUGGGUAUCCACAGAACAAGUGGUGGGACAGUUCUCGUAUUUGUGCAGACAGCUGCAUCAAUGGUCUGCAAGUAUUCAUGUAGCAGUCGAGUAGUAACUUAAUACUGUGGUUCUGGGUUUCACAUCACUUUAUCAGUUGAUAUUGUUGCAUCACCAUGGUGAAUUUUCUAGAACUCUACAUACUAGUUGUAUGUAUUCUUAUUUGAGUUCCUAUGUGUGCAGUUAAUCUCACGGCAAUAUUAUUUUAUCAGCUGUACCUUAAAUCGACUUGUUUGGUUCUCUGCCAUCUGUGGGUGCAGUUGCAACUGGCUCCAAUGAACCCCAGUAAUGCUGAAACACAGCACUCCACCUAGGAUGCCCUUUUUUUUUUUUUUCUUGGUACUCAAGUAGGAGAUCUGUACUUCACGAGUGUAGAUCUGUUUGUAUUAGAGUACCGUAUAUACUCGAGAAUAAGACGAGUUUUUCAACACAUUAUGUGUUGAAAAACCCCCACUCGUCUUAUACUCGAGUCACUGUCUGUAUUAUGGCAAAUUACAUUGUAAUGAGCCCGGCGGUGCUGUUGGGGGCUGGCAACGAGCUGUAACUUACCUUUCCUGCAGCUCCUGUCAGCUCCCUUCUCUCUCCUCCGGUCAGCUCCCACUGCAAGUCUCGCGAGAGCUGUGGGGUCAGAGCCAUGGCAACGCUCCACACGGCACUCACACCGCGAGACUUACAGGGGAGGAGAAGGGAGCUGACAGAAGCUGCAGGAAAUGUAAGUUACAGCUCUCUGCCAGCCCCCCUCCUACACUGCCCAUGCCACUAGACCACCAGGGAAUGAGAGCCCCCCCUCCCUGGCCAGCUAACAAGCAGGGCGGGGGGACGAAAAAAUCUAAAUAAAAAUUUAAUAAAAUAUUAAUAAUAUAACAAAAUAUUAUAAUAAUUAAAAAAAAAUUAAUAAAAAUGCCUACCUCCCACCAAGGCUCUGCAUCACACGCACACUGCACUCCUACACGCGGACACACACCGCACUCCUGCACGCACACCGCACUCCUACACACACACACUGUAAAUAAAUAUUAAAUAAAUUUUUGGGGGGGAUAUAAUUUUAUUUAGAAAUUUACUAGUAGCUGCUGCAUUUCCCACCCUAGUCUUAUACUCAAGUCAAUAAGUUUUCCCAGUUUUUUGGGGGUAAAAUUAGGGGUCUCGACUUGUAUUCGGGUCGAUUUAUACUAGAGUAUAUACGGUUUUAAAAAAAUAAAUAAAAAUUUUUUUUUCUCUUUUGUAUAUAAUUGAGCAAAGGGAGCAGGAGAGACAGGCCAGUGCCAUCAGAAGCACAGUUCUACUGCUUAUCUCAUUAGAUCACCAUAUGCUCUCGUCAUCCACUUUGCUGAGAAAUAGAAUAAAUGUGGUGGUACAUGGUUAGUUUGGAUAGUGUGAGUCCAUAAAUUUUAUUUUUUUUUUAAAUGCUUUUUGUGUGCAGAGUAAUACAAAUAGCUUUGCAAGGCCACAGUAGCAUUAGCAAGCAUACGAUAAGACAAGCAAAACAGUUUCAUGGUCUUGAUAAGUAAGCACAUUUUUGUUAAUAAGAUGAUUGUUACAGGCUAGAUAGCAUACGUCCAGGUUGCUAUAUUGCAGUAAAUUCUCAAAAUUUUGUUUACCAACUGGUCUGUGAGAGUAGAUUAAGGAACUGUGUAAUACAACUAUUAUCAAAGAGAAAUGGUCCUCAGUGCACAUAGAUUGGGUGAUCCUACCAUGCCAUCAGGUGUAUGUCACGUAGAGUAUAGGCUGGCUAGAGGACACAAUAAUCAGGCUUAACUCGCUGAGCAGGUUGGGUGCCAUUUAAGUGGGACUGUCAUAUGCGUGAAAACCUGCCAUUUUUGCCAGUAGGCAAGGUACACUGAGAUUGAUUAGAGACAAAUGUUAAGACUACACAGAAUACCGAGAACCAGUCUCAAAUAAAAGGGAGAGUUCUAACAGAGUAGUGUAGGGUAAGUGAGGGUAGAAAGAGUAGAAACCGCUGGGGUCCCCCAAACAACAUGAAACUUUCAACAGCUUAAAUACACAAGCCGAGAUACAAAUGUCCCAUAGCCAGUCAGUUUCAGCCCACACCAACCCGAUAGAGGUUAGGUGAGAGUUCCAGAGUCCCCAGAAAGGCAUCCCUCCUGUCCCAGACCGUGUCGCUUGACUUGUAGCUCCAUCCGUUUUCAUCGAUCAUCGGCUUCUUGUACAUGCUAUGUGGGCCAUGGAGGGGAUAGGGACCCCAAGCAGAUUGCGUUUUGGGCGUGUGGUAGUGCAGCCAGGCUUCCGAUGGCGCUUGGCACGCUUCGGUCUCUCCCGCAGUCGCCGUUUCCUCGUGUGGGGCAUUCUGCCGUGUGAGGUCGGCCAUCCCUGGAGGGGUGAGUGUAGCGGGGGCUUCCCAGUACUCAUGGUCGCUGCAGUACCGGGUGGAUCUCGUAAGAGUGGCUUGGGCGCUGUGUGUGUUUGCGGGCGCUGGCUUAUUCCAAAAUUCCUGGCAUAGCUGUUCGAACUUUGCUUCUAAUAUAGCUGCCCAGUUCUGGUGCUCUGGGAUGGAUUGUUAUGUUGGGGGUUGCAGGUUGGCGGCCAUCUUGAGCUCACCACGCUGUCUCUGGAUCCGCUUCUUUCGGCUCAGCUGUGAGGUGAGUUCCCCAGCAGGGACCGGGAUAUCCCCCACCGGUCCGGGGGGGGGAGAAAGUCGCUGCAAGCUACACGGCCACCAGUGGGAGAGCGGCCUUCUCUCCUCACCGAUGGGUCCGCAGUCUCUUUAGGCCGUGUGCCAGACGAUGAAUUGCUGCUCCAGAUUAGGAUUUUUGAGGGUCAUAAAUGUCCCCUCGGUAGCGUUUUUGUGUUCUGGAUCGAGUUCCGUUGCUGCUUAGGCUGUUUAGACCAUUUUAAGACGGUUUUAAGAUUUCAGUGGCCAGAGCUGCUAGCAAAUGCGUCCGGCCAUCUUGAGUCAGGCCCCCCUCCUCCCAUAAAUGUGUUUUUUAUGUUUUGAGAUUUAAAGAAUCUUAGACUCCUGGCUUGCUACAACUCUCUAUAAAGCACUUUAUUUUUAUCAGUCUGUUCAUGUCUGGCUGGCAUGCAGUGAACAUUUGAUGCACAGAGUAUGUGGAUAGGGAUUGUCCACGUCCUCUAGUAGAAUAGCCCCAAUAAUUUAUUCCUUGAAUGACAUCCAUUUCGCUCACACUUUAGCUUACUACUGACUUAUUAACUAAACUAGGUAAUUCCUUAAAGCGGCACUGUCAUGCCGAAUUCUUUUUUUUUUUUUUUGCUUUUUUACCCCUCUCCCGUCUCCACUACAUCCACUUGACUCACUAGUCGCCCCUAAGCCCCCCACAUUACCUAUUUUUUUUAAUCCUUAUUUUCUGCCCCGAUCUAUAUUCUGGGCGCCGCCAUCUUUGUGUGGGUAGGUGAAGUCCCUGUGGGACACGUCAUCUGCCCACAUUAGAUAGCACUGAGAUUCCCGCACAUGCCCAGUGAAACACCUGGACAUGCGAACGGGAAUUUCAUCUAUUCAUUCAUUCAUCAGACAGACGAAUGAGUGAAUAAAAAUAUCAGCCGAACAAACAAACACAAUGUAUCAGUGUAUGUUUGUUCGUUCAGUUUAUUACUGGCACGCAGCUCCCUCCUUGUAAUAUGUAAAGAUAGAAGCGGCAGGGAGUAGUGCUCCCCACCACUUCCUAAGCCCCCCCAGGUCCCCUUCUCACUCUAUGGGGGUCAAUAUGACCCCCAUAAUAGCACAAGGGAGAUUAAAAUCUCCCCCAUGCCCCUACCUGUGGCUGCUCACUGUAAAAAAACAAACAAAAAACAACUAUUGGCCCCCACCCCUAAACAGUGAGAAUGAGGGGGGGGCAGUACUCCCCCACCCCUGGGCGGCGGGUGGGGGCCAUGAAGAUAAUGAGGGGGGACCUGCCUUAGUCUCACGCCCCACCCCUGGCUGGCAGGUGGGGCCAUGAGUGAGAAUGAGGGGGGGCAGUACUCCCCGGCCCCCACCCUAGGCGGGGUGGGGCCAUAAUAGAAUGGGGGCCUGCCCCCGGGCCCCUACAUGGGCGGGUGGGGGCCAUGAAGAUAAUGAGGGGGGGCAGUACUCCCCCCCCGGUCCCCACCCCUGGGUGGUGGGUGGGGGCCAUAAUGAGAAUGGGGGGGGACCUACUGUCCUCCCCCCGCCCCCACCCCUGGGCGGCGGGUGGGGGCCAUAGUGAGAAUGAGGGCGGGGGACCUACUGCCCCCCCCGGCCCCCACCCCUGGGCGGCGGGUGGGGGCCAUAAUGAGAAUGGGGGAGGGGACCUACUGUCCUCCCCGGCCUACCCUGAGGUGGGGGCCAUGAGUGAAGAAUGAGGAGGCCUGCCCCCGCCCUACACCCUGGAAGUGGUGGGGCCAUAAUGAAAUGGGAGGGACCUGCUGCCCCUGAGCGUGGGUGGGGCCUAAGUCAGUACCCCCACCCAAGGUGACUAGGGGUCCCCUAGUCACCCACCCAAAAAAAAAAGUCCCUACCUACCCCCCUCACCCUAAAAAAUAGUGAGGGGGGGGAUAAAAUAACUAACCUGUAAAAUAAAAUUAAACUUACCAUUCGACGUCUUCUUUUUCCUCAAAUCUUCUUUUUUCAGCCCCAAAAAAGGCCAAAUAAAAAAACCAUCAUAACCGUUGAAUUGAAAAUUAAAAUAAAAAUCCCAAGCGCAAAAAAAAAAAAAAACCCGACGGAAAAAAAACCCGAGCGCAAAAAGAUAAUCCAUCUUCACCCAUGGAGGGCUCCGCGCAGACUGAACUCCGCAGGGCUGGGGAAGGCUUAUAAAGCCUUGCCCCGCCCUGCAAUUAGGCUAAGAACACUCUGAUUGGUGGGUUUAAGCCGGGUGGGGGUGGGGUGGGGGCCGGGGGGGGGGGAGGACAGUAGGUCCCCCCUCCUCAUUAUCUUCAUGGCUACCGCCUUCAGAAGGUGAGGCGGGGGCAGUAGGUCCCCCCCCAUUCUCAUUAUGGCCCCCACCCGCCGCCCAGGGGUGGGGGCCGGGGGGGGGCCAGUAGGUCCCUCCCCCUCAUGAUCACUAUGGCCCCCACCCGCCGCCGGGGGGGAGGACAGUAGGUCCCCCCCCGCCGCCCAGGGGUGGGGGCCGGGGGGGGGCAGUAGGUCCCUCCCCCUCAUUCUCACUAUGGCCCCCACCCGCCGCCCAGCGGUGGGGGCCGGGGGGGAAGGACAGUAGGUCUUCCCCCCUCAUUAUCUUCAUGGCCCCCACCCGCUGGCCCAGGGGUGGGGGCAGUAAAAUCCCACCCCUCAUUGUGCCCCACCCGCUGUCUCGGGGCAGGUUCCCCUCAUUCUCACUAUGGCCCUCACCCGCCGCCCAGGGGUAGGGGUGGGGGGGGGCAGUAGGUCAUUUGGUCUCCCCCCUUAUUUUACUUUAGGGCCCCCACCCGUCGUUUAGGUGGGGGCCAAUAGUUUUUUUGUUUUUUUUUUACAGUGAGCACCCACAGGCUGCUCACUGUUUACCAGACAUGCCCCUACUCGCAGUAUAGCGAGUAGGGGCAUAUUACUUACUAAUACUAAAUCAUUUUUACUUAGUAUUAGUAAAGUUGUCUGUUAGACCAAUUUAGGUCUUUCAGCCUUUUAGUAGAUAACUCCCUAAUUCCCACGGUAUCAGGGAGCUAUCUACUAAGCGGCUGCAAGAUGCAGCAGCGGCAAUGAAUAGGAUCAGAGUUUCAUUCAUUCGAAUGAAAUUCCGAUCCGAAUAAAGUGCCGAAUUGCGUUCUAAAAGAAACGAACAUACUGUUCUCAUUCAGUUAGAACGCAAUUCGGCAGUUUUGUGGAAAGUGACAGGAAGCAUUGUGGGAACACAGAGGAAAGCUAGGGAUCAUGGGAAAAUUGCUCUGACCAGCGGAAAUUAAGCACACUUUGCUCCUCCACUGGUCAGAGCUGGUCAAGCGGAGGAAUCCUCCUUAAGGCAAAGAGUCCCUACUUUGUCUUAUGAUUUUAAAGAAAACUAAAGAAGAUAGGAAGAAAAGAAUAACAGAUCCUGAGAGAGGGGGAGAAGAGGAAGAGAUUGAGGAAAAGUAAGUUCGGCAUGACAGUGCCGCUUUAAUGUGCUAGUUUACCUUUUCCCAUUAGGAGGAAUUAUUUCUGUGUGCACAUUUUUUUUGAAAAAUUUUUUUUUAUUCUAAUUUAAUCUUUCUUUGUUUUUUAGGUACUGAUGCAUGGACAACCAUACCACAUAUCAAUGGAACUUCAGCUUCCAGAGUCUAUAGUUAAUCAAGAUCUGGGAAUGUUCAUGGUGUCUAUGUCAUGUUACACACGAGGUGGCAAGGAGAUCUCCCACACAGCUCGAUCAGUGAGCUAAUCCACUCCACAUUUCCUAUAAAUUAUUAUUUUAUUUUUUUUAAAGUGCACCCUUUCCACAUUCUUUUUUUUUUUUUUUUUCCAAUGUGUUUUAUUUUAGGCAUAUUAUUGUUUACACAUCGUAUAAAACAGAAUACGAGGUAUAUCAAGGGGUACAAAAGAGAAAAGGGAAGGGGGAAGGGAAAAAGGGGAAAAGCAGCUUGUACAAAUUUACACAUAUCCUUCAGUACAGUACAAUGUAAUACAGUUUGAAACAGCUAACAAUUCGAAUGUCUGGUAAUCCUUGGUAAGAGGACAUUAUAGGCAUUAUAGGCAUUACAGAUAGCAUGAGAUCUUCACAUAACAUAUUGGAGGUAUACAAGCAUUUGGCAGGUGAAAAUACCUUAGGGCAUACUGACUUACUCGUAGGGGGGCUGCUUUAUGGGCCCAUGGAGUAAGGGGUGAGGGGGAAACCCGGUUGGGGUUAGUGGUCGGAUUAUGGCACCAGGGGCGCCUCCCCCUCUCUAAAGAAUAUCCAACUCUGCCAACUUAAUUUAUACCUGCUUUGGUUAUUUGUCAGCCGGCUAGCCAUACGUUCAUAAGCAUGGAGUGAGUCCAGCCUGCUGAGGAUUUCUGGCAUUGUUGGCGUCAAUGGUGAUUUCCAUCUAUGUGCGAUGGCAGUUUUAGUAGCCAUGAGACAGUGGAUCAUGAAAGGGAUUGCUUCCUUGGGAAGAGAAUUCGGAAAAAUAUGUAGUAGAAAGCAUUCUGGGGAUUGGGGGAUGUGCACCCCCAGGAUUUUAUACAGAAGGGCGUGUAUGUCCCGCCAUAGAGUGGUAAUAGGCGUACAUGACCAAAAUAAAUGAAAGAGGGACCCUGCGCUAUUUUGGCAUCUCCAACAGCUUGCGUCAGAGCCCGGGUAGAUGCGGGCCAGUUUGGUGGGGACUAGAUACCAACGCAUUGUUAAUUUACAGUAUGUUUCCCAUUGGUUAAGGCUAUGGGACGCCUGUUUAGUUAAUUUUUGGGCGCGAUGCCAUAAAUCAUUAGAAAAAUGCUUUCCCAGAUCUGAUUCCCACUUAGACAUAUAUGAUGGUUUGGACAGUUUGUCUUGGAGCAGUAGAGUGUUGUAACAUAGAGAUAAUGCUUUGAUUUUUGGAAGCUUGCCCAUGCAUUUGUGAAUGAAGGGUGAUGUAGAGUCGGGUUCACUCAGGCUAAUCCCGCUUUUCUGAAUUAUGUUUUUUAUUCUGAGAUAGGAGAAUAGUUCCCCUGGGGGGAUGUGGAAUUCCCUAAUCAGGUCUGGGAAGGGCUUGAUGCCUUCAGCGGAUAGUAGGGAACGAACCUGGGUGAUCCCUUUCUUAAGCCAUAUGUCUAGGUGUAUGUUUGAGGUUCUUGAAGUCAGGGCUUGGAUUGGAGCGGCUAGGAGUAGGUCGUUAUUCCGUAGGAAGAGCGGUGUAGUUUGUUUCCAGUUGUGAAAGAGCGCGACUGUGGUGGGCAGCAAGGAUGUGGCUUUGGGAAAUUUGGACCCGGCCCACAGGGAAAGUGGGAUCGAGCCAUUAGGUGUGCAGGCGUUCUCCAAUGCCAGCCAUAUUGGGGGAGAGGGGCGUUCGAGGAUCGUGAGGCCCUGGGCCAGCAGGGACGCCCUAUAGUAAAGGGAUAUAUUGGGAACACCCAGACCUCCUUUUGUGAACGGGCGCCAUAGUGAGUUUUGCGCUAUCCUGGGGGGUUUCCUCUUCCAAAUAUGAGCAUUGAUCAUGGCCUGGAAUUUCUUUAGGAGCGAGUUUGGGAUUGUAAUGGGGAGAGUGCGGAAUAAGUAUAGAAUGUGUGGGAGGAUCAUCAUUUUUACAGUGUGGAUACGUCCUAACCAGGAGAUCUCCUUCUCCUCCCAGGACUUGAGGAGUUGCUCUAGAUUGUGAAUGAGUGGCAAGUGGUUUUCGUGCGUUAAUGCUGAGAGCUUCGUUGGCAAUUUAAUACCCAAGUAUGAAAUGGAGGAGUUCCGCCACUCAAACGGGUAUAGUGUUUUUAGAGGGUUUAAAGAGGAAGGUGGCAAUCCCAAUGCCAAUGCUUGUGUUUUUUUGGCGUUGUUUUUAUAGAACGAGACCUUACCGUAAGUUUCCAGCAAAGUUAGUAGGUUUGGUAAGGAUUUUGCUGGACGUGAUAAGAAGAGAAGGACAUCGUCAGCGAAUAGGGCUAUUUUUUGAGUCCCGAUGGGGGUAGAUAGGCCUUCGAUCGAAUUGUCACUUUUGAUAUGUCUAACCAGUGGUUCCAUGCAAAUUAUAAAGAUUAAUGGGGAGAGGGGACAGCCCUGUCUAGAGCCAUUGGAUAUUUGGAAAGACUGAGAUAGGAACCCUGAGUUGAAUACUUUGGCUUCUGGAUUGGAAUAUAGGGCCAUAAUGCCUUUCAGGAAGUCUUGUGGUAUGCCCACUGCAGUUAGGACAGCCCUCAUGUAAGACCAAUUAAGGCGGUCGAAUGCUUUUUCCGCAUCUAGAGCUAGUAAAAUGCCAUGUUGGUUGGUUUUUUGGGCCCAGGAGAUGAGGUUCAGGAAGUGCCGCGUGUUAUCCCCCGGUUGUCUAUGUGGGACAAAGCCUGCCUGUUCUGGGGAAACCAGGUCUCUCAGGAGGGGUUGGAGGCGGUUGGCUAAUAAUUUGGCAAAAAGUUUUAUAUCUGCGUUCAACAAGGAGAUUGGUCGCAGGUUGGCGCAUUCGGUAGGUGGUUUGCCGGGCUUAGGAAGUGUAACGAUAUGUGCUAGCAGCAUUUCUUUCGGUAUUGUCCCUGAGUCCCUGAAGGAGUUGAAGAGGUUUGUGAGGUGCGGGGUAAGCUGUGUCUUGAAUGUGGAGUAAAAGUGGUUGGAGAACCCGUCUGGACCCGGCGCUUUAUGUUUGGGCAGUUUGCGAAUUGCGUUUUGUAUUUCUUCCUCUGUGAAUUUGGCUGAUAAGGUUGCGCAUUGACGUGCCGAUAAGUGCGGCAGCUCUGCUCCCGUCAAAAAGGUAGCUAUGUCUGUGUCUAAUGGUUGGUGUAAAGUACUGUCCUGUGCGAGGUUAUAAAGUCCUUUGUAGAAAUUGGCCAAUUCGUCUACUAUAUCUUGUGGGUUAAACAAUUUUGAUCCAUUGGACGAAGUCAUGUAUGGUAGUUUAGAUUGUAUGUAUCGGGAUUUUAGACGCUUUGCGAGUAAUUUGCCAGCCUUGUUCCCCUGCAUGUAGUAGGCGAGCUUUAAUUUGCGGAGCUGUCGUUCCACAUUUAUCAGGGAAAUAUUGAGUAUUUUGUCCCUUAACUUUUCAAUAGUACGGGAUAGCUUUUUAGAUGGUUUGAGUUUAUUAUUUUGUUCUAAGGAUUUAAGUUGGGAAUGAAGGUUAUCUGACUCGGUGAGGGUUUUCUUUUUGUUAAUUGCGCCUGCUUGAAUUAAUAGGCCUCUUAGCACUGCUUUUAGGGCCAGCCAUUUAGUGUCUAUGCGUGUGCUGUCGGAAAGAUGGUUCUCGAAAAAUGAUAUUAUGUUAUCCCGAAUUUUUGCCGCCGUAGUCUCGUUGUCGAGGAGGGAUUCGUUUAGUCGCCAGGCACUGCGCCCCCGUGAUGGAAACAAGGCCCUGAAAGUAGUGGUUACCGGCGCGUGGUCGGACCAGGUCCGGUCACCUAUUUGCACUUCUAUUAUAUUCGAUACUGUAUUUUUAUCUACCCAGCACAUAUCUAUACGCGAGUAUGUGUGAUGGACUCGUGAGAAAUAUGUGUAGUCUCGAUCUUUCGGGUAAAGGGAACGCCAUGAAUCGUAAAGGUCGUGCCUGUGGAGUAGUGUGCUAAGGGUUGCGCUCAUUGUGUUAGCAAGUUGGAGAGGUUGUUUGUUUGCUAUUCUCUUGAUGUCUAGAUCGGGGUCUAGUGUGCAAUUGAAAUCGCCACAGAUAAUAGUGUGCCCUACACGGAUAGUAGCGAUUUUAUACAGUGCUCUUUUAAUGAAGGAAAUUUGGGAGUUGUUGGGUGCAUAAAUGGAAGCAAUUGUAAGUUGCAUACCAUUCAGCGAUCCUACCACUACAAGGAGCCUGCCCAGCUCGUCUACAUAGGAAUUAUCAAGAUGAAAGACCCAAUCAAUAUGGAACAGAAUUGCCACUCCUUUCGUUUUGUUUGGUGCAUGGGCAUGAAAUACCUGCUGGUAUCUGGAUGAGCUCAGUUUAGGGGGGUUUCUUUUGCACAUGUGUGUUUCCUGGAGGCAGACUAUGGCAGCCUGGGAAGUAUGAAUGGUCUUAAUCACAGAGCUCCUUUUGAAUGGGCUAUUUAGGCCGUUGACAUUCAUAGAGAGACAUUUAAAUUGGAACGUCAUCUUAAAGAGAUAUACAAUAAAGCUUGUUGGUCACAGCAUACUGUCUGCCAGCGACACCCAUGGGACCUGUGGAUAGAUGGUGCGUAGUGUAGAAUAAGGGAAGAUCGAAUGGCUGAGUACGACCUGCACAGAUAUGGGACAACGGAGCUGCCAAGGGGAUGGGAAGGGAAUUAACAGGAAAGACAAAAUCAACAAACAAAGGUAUAUACAUUAACUCUCUCUGGGACGAGAGAAAAUACUGGGAUCCGGAGGGGAGCCUAAAGCUCCAAAUACCUCGGAUACCUUUGGGGGGUCGUGCGGAACAGGGCCGCACCCGGACCAGAAUCUUAGAGUAAGCAAGAAUGGAACGGAAAAUAUACGCAAGAGGGUCUGAAACCUGGACAGCAUUCUCGCCUGCGCCCCCUCUAAAUCCCUGAUGCAUUAUAGUGGAGAAGGGUAACGUAAUUAUAGGGACAUAACCGGGAUUGCUGCGGCUGCUUGGCGGAAGGGGUUUUUUUUUUUUUUUUUUUCUUGUGAUAUAUGAUACAUAUUUCCUUCUAUUAGGCUGAGCAUGGUCGAUAGUGUAUCUAAAGACGUAAUCAUAGUUCACAGGAGGCGGCCACUUGGCCAUGUGUGUGUUUAACGUUCAUGGGGAGGAGGGGGGCCUAGGGAGACCUAGCCCUAGGGCCUACUGGAGUACAGGGGGAUGAGAUGUUACACAUGGGGACCUAAACGAACAUUAUGACAUAGCAGUUUUCAAGAGGGGGGAUUACUCCCUUGCAAACAUUCCUCAGAUAAAACAGUAAAACAUGUACGACCUCCCUUAUUUGUAUGAGCAAUACUUAAUGGAAAUUGUAUAAACUUUUUUUUUUUUUUUUUUCCUUCAUCAUGUGAACUAUCCAUGCCCCCCACCCCACACCCUCAUCCAACAAUAUGCCACCGUGUACGUUCAUACGAUACCACUCGUAGCAACUGGGGUCUGUGACCCUUAGCGAUGUAUAGGCUUAGAGCCCUUGCUUGAGGCAUAAGCCAGCUGGAGACAGUUCAGGAGUAAGAGGUAGAAGUUCGUGACGGGCGAGGGCAUCGACAGUCAGCACGGUGUCUUCUUAUGCAGCUGUAGGGUGCAUCAACAAGUGGAGGCAGGGAGAUGCUGUCCUGUAUGGGAUGGCUGUUAUCGUCGAGCGCCAACCAUCUGCCAUUCUGGCUGGGAUUUCUUCAGGGUGGUCGAGGCGUUCGGUUGUUGGUGGGUGGCUUCUUGUUGGCCCCAGAGUCCCCAGAGUUUCAGCAUGGAUAAACCUUUCAGGGGGUCAUCUAUAGUGUGGAGCUUAUUCUGCCGCCAGAUCAAUAGUUUUGUAGGGAAUCCCCAACGGUAAGCCUGGUUGUGGUUGCGUAGGGUUUUGGUAAUGGAGGAGAAUUCUCUGCGUCUUGCCAUAGUGAGGGCCGAUAGGUCCGCAAAGAUAGAGACAGCGUUAUAAGGGUCGGGCAAUGUGGCUUGGGCUCUAGCGGCCUUAAGAAGAGCCUCUUUGGCUUUAAAAUGAUGAUAGCGCACGAUAAUGUCGCGUGGAACCUCCGCGCCUAAUCUGGGCGGUUUUGGAACCCGAUGGGCUCUGUCCAGUUCCCAGGUUACCUCUGAGAGGUCAGGGACCAGCGCGGUGCUUAAUGCGGUAAUGUAGGCCGAGAUCUGAUCUGUUGAUACGGACUCUGCCACUCCCCGGAACCGCACGUUGUUCCUGCGAGAGCGGUCUUCCAUAUCCGCCAUUUUAUGCCAUAAUUUGAAAUUGUCUUCUUCUAGUUUCUGUAUUCUCUCCGCCAUCAGAUUGUGGGCAGAGGAGAGAUCAUCUGUUUUGCGUUCGACCUGGUCGGUCCGGUCACCCAGCUCCUCUAAUUCUUGGUGGAUGCCCGCCAAGGAGGUGGUAAAAUCCUCUUUAAUAGUGGACCUGAGGUCCGCGAGCGCUUGUCUCAGAUACUCCUUAGAGAAUUGUGAGUCGUCUGAUAGCGAGUGCGUAGGCGACUCGGUGCAGGGGUCGGGGUCCGGAGACUGAGCUCUGCUGGCGACGCCAUCUUGGGCCUGCUUCAGCCUGUCUUUCUUAUGUUGGCGGACCGUGUCCGUAAGUUUCGUCUGUUUUGAGGGAGACAUUAGGAGCCGUGUAGCCUUAUCUCCCGCUGGUUCAGGGCAAUCUGGCGAGAUUUCCUUGUUAAAAGUGUUUAUUCUGGUCCGGGUGUGCGGAGCUCCUACUCCAUGCGACCGAUCUUGCCGGAAGUUGGACACGCCCCCCUUUCCACAUUCUUUUAAUUUUCAUAUUUUACCCCUCUUUUCUCUAGGCAAUCCUUCAUUACAAAUCCCCUCUUCUGCGAACACUAGAAACUAUUACGCUUUUGCCGUUGCUGCUCGUGGGGUUGUCUGAACAGAAGCAAUCUCUCGAAGUGGAACUUUAUUCAGCAUAUCGUGAAGACUCGGUGAGUCUGUUUUUCCAAAUUUUCAUUCAUACCUUCUUGCAAACAGCUUUUUGACCUUUACCCUGUAUGUUAGUAACUCGUUGGCCAUUUUAAUUUAUUUUUCCUUCAUUUUUACACUUUUUUUUUUUGUAUUUAUUUUUUUUGGUUCUAGUUAUAGAAACACUAUAUAGUGGUAUGAAUACAAACAAGUAUUCUUAACAUUAUAGAGCUAAAAGUACCAGUUUAUGUUCCUGGCGCCUGCAGAUUGGAGCAAAAAGGACAAGGUGGCUGGCCCUCAAUUCCAUGACUGAGAUCAUCAAAAGAAAAUUGUUAAAGCUCUCCUCUGACCUCCCUCAGCCCGAUCCUUCUCUGCUGAGGCCAUUCCCUUUUGCUGGAAAAUAUUGCACGUCCAAACUGCAAGCUUUAUUUAUUUAGAAAAUGUGGACUGGAGCUCCAAUACCACGACUGGUUAUCUCCGCCAAAUAUCUUCUAAAGCUGGAAUAGAACUAUUCACUAGACAGCACAUAGUUCUGGGAGAACUGAUUUUAUUGAGCUGAAUGCAGCCUUUUAUGCACAUACCCCCAGCAUGGGAUAUAUAUUGAAUACAUACAGUGUCUGCCCAGGCGCCUCUGUGCCUGGGAGAUAAUUUGCUGACCGCUAAACUAAUUAUCUCCCAGAUAUAUAUAGUGCCUAACAUAAAAUACCCCCAAAACACAGUAUACAUAUCAUACAAUCCCGGAUAGCUCUCUUCCAAACACUCUAGUUGGCAACAGAGCACCUGGAUCCAUAAAGAAUUGUCCAAUUGCCACCGUGGUAACAAUUUGACCGUCUGCACACGAGGACUAAGCCCCAAAUAGUUCCAGUGUAAUUGUGGCUUGGGCCCCUCAAAUACUGGGAGCUCCUGUGGUCAAAUGGAGAAGGGAUCCCCCUGGUUCUUAGGGAGGAAUUGUUCCAAUUAAUCUGUAGCACCUUCCCUCCAAAAAGCACUCUCCUGGCAUGUCUGUAAGUGGGUCAAAACAGCGGCUCAAGAACGGGACUAUUAGGGGAAUAUUGCCGAAAGCGCCCUCUCUGGCAGACAAAUGAACAGGAGGAGGGAAGGUACCGAAGCAGGGGAACAGGAGACACUUAUUUCGGGGAAAAGAUAGGGGAACAAGGACAGGAUCCACCACAUGGAGCAAUGUCACAUUUCUCUUAUGCUUGUGGAGAAAAUAAUCGAUGUUCAUUGGGGAUGCCGUUUAACAAAAGAUGGACCACCACUUGUUGGGUACCCUGUAACUGAUUCACAAUUUUUGUUAUACAUUUGUAAAAAAAAAAAUUCUGCUGGUUUCCCUCUUUAUUUAUUUAUUUUUUUUUUUUUCAUGCUCUCCUUCGAGAGUUUUCCCAUUGAUCUCGAAUUGUAGAUUAUGCUACCUUUAGUGUACCUAUAAUCUUAAUUUUAUUAAUGACAGGAGGUGAGUAUUUGCUUAAGUCUCUCUUUACUAGAACUCCACAGCAGCACAGAAAAACAACCAAUCAGAAAAAGUUAGGUACUAUAAAACCCCCUUCCCAUUGCAUCAUUUCCUCUUUCAAGCUGCGACAAGGCAGAAAAUAUAAUGGGGAAGAAAAGCAGUCCUAAAUAUAAUGAAAAAGACAUUGUCCACCAUCCGAUAAGAAUGGUCGAACCAGAUAGUGUAGAUGGACUGUAAACUGAAACGAGAAAAAACAGAAUCGAACAGGUUGGUUAGCCAAUGAAGUGUACUUUGAACAAACAUGUAGGUACCCAAUGUAGCAACCAAAAUUAUCGUAACCUGCAUAGAUCCCAUCCCUACAUAUGAAAACAGACAUAAGAACAAGUGACAGGUAGCCGAGACAACAAGCAGAGUUGUAUACAUACCUGAAGAACUCAAACUAUAAAAUUAAACAAGGGAGGGAUAAGAAUGGGCGGGAAAUACUUGCCUCCUGUCAUUAAUAAAAUUAAGAUUAUAGGUAAACUAAAGCUAGCAUAAUCUACAAUUUUAUAACAUGACAGGAGGCUUCGUAUUUGCUGUUUUAACGCUCAGCCAACAAAUCCAACGCUGUAUGUUUCGCUGGUACCUGGGCCGCAAGAAGAAACUGUGUCACCAUGUCUCGACUCUUGAUGUGGAAGGUGGCUCCCCCGAUCGUGCCAGGGUCACCAGGCAAUUUGGCCCUGCAGGCGAAUCUCCAACCUCAAGGCAUGCGCCUAAGUCAAUCACCAAUUCCGUAAUCGAACCGAGUAGGGUCUUUCGUUUCCUCAUGACCUACCCGUGAGUUGUCUCAUCCGAGAGUAAAUUUAUUAUGUAGGCAUGAGUGAGGUCAAACUAGCCGUAUCCUAAGUGAUUCCAGUAUUCCAAAUGGACUGUGUAAUCCACUGCUGCAGUAGGGAAAAGACUCCUAAAGGGCAUCCAAUCAAGGUCCCAAACUGAACGGUGGUCGACUGUUCUGGGAUUUGUGAGUCCCGGAAAAAUAUUCAAAAGGAUGGGAACGUAGACCAGGGUUGAGAUUUCUAUCCAGAUAUAUCAUCGUCUCAGAGUGAUCAGUUGUCCGGAUCCAAUGGUGAUUGGGACCUGUAUAACAAAAAAAGAGCCCUCAUAUGCUGUAGCAAGAGGGUGAAAUAAUCAGAUUACCCGUUUUUACGAUCCUAUUCUAUGCCCGACCUGUCAAAACUUGUGUAGAGGUUCCUGGUCUACACGCAACCUACAAGAUAGGGCAUAAUAUAGUGAGACCUUUAAGUCCCUGUAACCCUGACUGUCCGGGGACGUGUCUCCCAGAGUAGGCCCUAGGUCAAGGGACCCAGGGAUGUGAAUUUGAGAACUGAAGUCAAGGUCUCCCUAUAGAGGGAUACCUCCCUUCUUAGCUUGGAGUCCCACGAACACCUAGCGUUCUCUAAUAUGCAGGCAAGACAUAAUGUCCCUUCCCUCACGACAGGUGACUCCAGAAAGCAGAUAUAACGAAAAACAAGGGUCUAGCUUCAACCGUCCGAAGCAGGUGUUGUUCCGUUUGAGCAUGUCGGCAGCCCUAUCUGAGUCCGCUACACAUCCUGAGCAGUGCUCCAGCGGUAGGUUGCGUCCCGACUUUGACGUCCGUGUAGGAGUCUGGGCACACAGGGUUCCUCCAUACAGUCCACCGUAGGUGUCCUUGAUGGUAGUUUGAAAAGGUGGGUUAACGAGAACCCAAACCAAGACGGGUCCCAUGCGGGAUAUAGCGUAUAGAAGGAGGGCCCUCUAUUUCCGAACCACGUAUUCCAGAUAUGUGCUCAGAGGACAUGGGGUAGUCCUGUCCUCUUAUCCCAAGAUAGUAAUGACCAGAGAACCCAAGUCAACCGGGGUUCCGGUCUUACCAUGCGAUUCGUGCGCACGGUCUGUCUGCAGACCGGGUAGUGGGCCUUCUCUAGUCUUGUUACCAGAGUGAGGCAGUGCCCGUUUGCUCUAUGAAGGCCUCAGGAUCUCAUGUCACCUUGACAUGGGAAAAACUGUCUGCGUAGCAUGUUCGCAAUGGUCUGAAUAUCUUACAGGGUGCAAUAGUCUGUUUUGGCAUCGCUCAAAUAUACCAGACCCUGUACUCUUGUAAUACCUGUGGUUCAUCCGUUAGCUGUACCAUCUCCAGGAGCAUAAAUAAGCGGGAAUCUCCCUCUUUAAUACCUCUGUGCGUAUUUCGCGCGUGGGAUACAGUGGUCUGGAUCCAGUAGAUCCAUUAUAGGAGGUGAAAUAGAAGGAUCCAGUCUAAAUAUCUAUGCAGACAGCCCUCUAUAAUGAAAUCGGUAGCACGGUCGUUAGAUCCAAUUGAAUGCAGGAGGGACACCCCUCUAUGCAGCCAUCGUUGCAGGUACCAGCCUGUGAGAUGAACAAAUGGAUGGCACCGUAGGGGAAUGUGUCACUCAAAACAUGUCCUCUGUAUCCAGCUCAGUAUCGGGCUGAGGUUGCAGGAGGGCCACGUCCUCUAAUAAUGAAUCCGUGCCCUGCUCAGUAUAUGAGAGGGUUCGCUCUCUGUUCGUGAUAUUAAAAAUUAUCAGUCUCGGCCGAGGUGAUGAGGGCCGCACCCUCUCGUAAUUCAAACUAAAGUCCAUAUCAGGCUCAGGGUGACCCUGCUGGGGUUCCUCAUAUCAACAUAUCAGCCUAGGAUUAAGAUUCUGAGGAGGACCUCUCUCCGAAUCACUCACCUGAGAGGUGGAAUCAACUGGUAAUAAACCAGACCGAUGGUACAUGAGAUAGUAGAUAACCUUGGGUCUUGUCCAUCUUUAAUGAGAGAAUGCCCUCUCGGGGCGCAAUGAUAGAAUCUACCAACAGACAUCCCGUGCGCGGGAUCCAGGAUGACAGCCGGUAGCCUGAGGAAGGCUGGAGACGUUCUCCGCGAUCCACGAGAGCCCAGGAGGUCGGAGGAGGUCAAAUCAGGCCUCUCGAUGACCCGAGCGAUUUGAAAAUUAGAAAGUCAUGAAAACAAAUAAUGUAGAUAAAUGUAAAUAGGUAUCUCGUAGAGAAGAUAAAUACCAGACCGGGAAAGCAAGUCUAGUAAACCCAACCGAAAGGGCCAGGAGUUAAACCUGAUGCAGGGAUAACUACCAAUACCUAAGAUGGAUACUAGAAAGGACGCUAAAGAUAAGGAAGCAGUGCUCCUCUCUUGGUAUCUGAACACCGAUCACUGCUGUGUGAAAUUCCCCUUGGAGAAGUGCCACCUGGGUUGGUGUAAACCGUGGGUGCGUGCCCGGGGAUCUUCAUAAAGCUUUGCCCCUCAGGGCAAAAGGUUUAAGGCCUUCCAAUCCUACUUCGGUGCCCGUAUACUGUUGUCCUCUUGCAUAGUAUGUCAGCAGUGCUUUCCUGGACACCCACCUAUCUUCAUGUUAAUAGUGGGUACUGGGCUUCCCUCAGUUAUAUUCCCCCCAAGCCUGCGGCCAAAAAGGGGGUUCUGGGCACGGAUGGGUCAGGCCAACGAUGGGCACAGAGCAGGGAAGUCAGAAGGGCACGGACGUAGCUGGCCAAUCAAAUGGGCGCAGACAUAGCUGGCCAAUCCACGGGGCGCAGACAUAGCUGGCCAAUGCUGGGUUGCGUCUAAAUGGGUAAUAAGGGACCCCUGUGUUAGGGCAGAGUCCCCUAAAUAUCUGUAAAUCUUCGGGGUACUCUGUGGCAUAAAAUCCCUAGACGCCGACCCCUUUUGACAACGUAAUACUGUGUGAAUAAACCUUAACUGGGACAAGCCGUCCCUAAAUGCCCAGCAGGCAAAAUAGUGGUAUUUGGGCUAUAGUGGAAAUAAGCGAUUUCAUUAUAACUGUGAGUAGGUUAUGCACAUGAGCAUGCAGACCUGCAUGAGAUUUCAUCAUCCGCAGAUCACCUGAAGGGUAUUGUACCCAUGGUAUAUAUCAGGAGUAGGGUAUAACAAUAGCCAACUCUAUGUACCCCCUUAUUGAGUUUGGAAGGGACCACCUUCCCACUCUACUAGACAUAGAACCUGAAAAAACUGAAUCAGUGUCAGCAUGGACUGGUCUCCCAUACCCUGUGAGCCAGGUCUGCUUAGCUUAUUACAUUUGCCAUGGACAGUGAAUCUCAAACUAGAGCAGUCUCAUCUGACUCCAGAGAGGGAUCAGGAGUAUAUACACUGAAGUACAAGGAUAGGGACCUAAGAUGAAUAGUGUUACACACAACUACCACAUUCCUAGGUUCAUAUAAAAUCCAACUCUACAUGAGUUGACAAGGUUUCAAUAGUUAUUCAUGUCGUGUGUGUUUUUUUUUUUUUUUUUUUUUAAAUAUAUUUUAUAUAUAUAUUCUAAAAAAAGUUACUACACAAGUUCUUCUCCUGAAAACACUUACAAAUGGAUUCAAAUAUUGAAUAUAUACACCAGAAAUUUACUGUAUAAAAUUCAGAUAAUUUGCCAUGUUGAGUGAUCAAUACAUAAACCGUAGCAGCUACAUGACAGAUUCUGUAGGAGCUAACCUGGUAUAGAAGUAACCAAUGGAGUGACUACCCCUGCACUAACUGGUAAACUGGCUCUGGAUGCUUGUAACAGCGCCAGAGUCCCAGUGGGAGAGAAACUCUGUCCGACCACCGCGGGUGGAGGAGGGGCCGCGAGCAGGCGCACCCUCCUACAGCCGGUUGGAUGCAUGUGGCUCUUUGAGAGAGCUGAUCGCGUUGAUGUGGCCACGUGUACAAGCAGACCCGGGCGCCGAGUACUCGCGUCUGACCGCGAGUAAACCCGGGCGCCGGCAAGCUCACACUGGAGCUCAGGGAGUCAGAGGAGGCAGCCAAACUGCUAGUCUCCUGACACCCCAAGUAAAGCACCUGUAGCCCGCGAAGGGUGCAAGAAAGUGGGGUAGAAGGGGGAGGGGGGGAAAUAAUACAAUAGGGGGGAGCAAACAGAAAAGUAUCCCCAAAAAUAUGCCCAGGAAGCCUUAUAAAAAACCCCAGACUGAAAGAAAACAUCCCCAGAGAAUUAGGGGAGCCCAAGAAGAGUCAAAAGACAGUAAUCCCAAAACUAAAUAAUCAAUAAGAAACUGCAUAUAAAUAUAUAAUGUAUAUAAAAUAAAUAUAAUAUGAUAAAUAUAAUUUAAAUAAAUCCUCAUAAAAUCCCAAAGCCACCCACUAUAAGCAGGAGGCAGUGGUACUCUGACCUGUACUGAUGCAGAGCAGCAAAGAAAGAGGAAAUGAUGCAUGGGGAGGGGAGUUUUAUACUACCUAAUUUUUCUCUGAUUGGUUGGUUGUUUUUUCUGUGCUGCUGUGGAGUUCUAAUAAGGAGAGACUUAAGCAAAUAUGCAGCCUCCUGUCAUGUUAUAAAAUUGUUUGCUGCUGCACAGUAAAUUGGUUGAUUUGUAACAUUUUUUGUUUUCUCAGUAUGUACCAACCAUUGGGGCAGUGAUAGAGAUCCAGAGUGUCAGGAUACAGAUCUACAACGCUGAGCUUCGGGUGCAUGCACAUUUCACUGGACUGAGGUAAAAAUAAAUAUUAAUAUAUAUUGGUGUUUAAAAAAAAAAAAAGUUAUAUCCUGAAAAACAGUUGCUGUAAAUAAUGGAUGCCAAUCUACAACAGGCCAUCAGAAAUACUACUUCUGUUAAUUGACACCAUAAAAUCAGACCUUAACAUAUGAGACCUCUAAAUUUACCAUAGUCAUUCCCUGCUCUGGUGUCAAAAAAGGAUUGUGCUAUUACAGAGAGAACCUAUACCCUUUGCAUAGCAGACUGAUCUGCCCUUUCUGUUCUUUCUGCACAACAAUUUCAGCCUUCUUUGGACCUCAUCAGUAAAGUGUUGCUGAUAUCCCUCUAGGCACAGUGAGCACGAUGUCCACAUAUGGAUUACCAUUUUGACUUUGGGAGACCCUAAGUAUAUGCACUGAAGCAAAAAUAGAGAAUAUGUAUCUCUCAUGCUUUGGGAACUUGGGCCAUAAUUUUGUGUCUGUUAUGCAAAUGUUAUAGAUGUACGCAGUAAUGGCAAACAAAGUACUUAGUUUUUUGAGCUUUUGCCUGUUAUCAGAGUUAAAAAAUUUGUCUGUUUUUGCUUCAAAAAUUAAAAAUGGUCUGGGGGCGGGGCCGGGCGGCCAUGCCAGCAGGCUACAAGUCACUAUGGCUCCUGGGGAACUCUACUAAUAAGGGUUAAAAACCCAUCCUAAUUAGCUUGGAACCCCCUGGAAGUGCGUGAUACCUGGCCCUGGAGUGUCCCGAUGCACCUGGAGCACCUGAUAUCGGGUGGACCGGGUCCUGGAGAGAUGCUCCGGGGCUGGAGAGACUGAGGCCUACCCGGGAGGAGAGUGGGGCGGACGGCCGCUGCCUCGCUUUCCGCCCCGGGCAACUGCCGAGAUCAACGACGAAUCCGGGGUACCGGCCUCGCUUACACCCCCCCCCCCCCUUUGGGCCAGCGGGAGUCAUCCCGGCCUCCACCGGGUAGGCAACACCUUGGCAGUGCUCCUAAGCGACUCACCGCCAUCAGCUACCAUGCGGCCCUUACAAAAUGGCCGACAGCGAUGCACCUAACCUCUAAACCGCUGAAGAAGGCGUGCUGAGCGAGAGCUCCCACAACACAAGGCCAGAGUAAUGACCACCCAAGGCAUUUAAAUGUAACGACACAGACCUGCGGUUCUGCUGGCUACUUACACCGCAAGCUGACCUACUCACCAGCAGAGGACCAAGCGCCUACCUUAACUGAGCACACCUCACCGGAGCUCCUCAUAAUCCAUACCGCUGACCAACACUGUGGCAGUGCCCGGAAAGGGCGCCCCUAAACGACUAUCCCACUCCAGCGUUGCCCACACCUGGUUACUGUGACCUGCAAAGCAGCAUACCCGCGCUCACAAACCGUCUGGGUAAAAGAUCACGGAGGUCCGCAGCCACUCCGACCUGCGGUGGGUCCCAGGGACGCAAUGCAAUCAGAGGUACCCUAUGGGGAUUAUCUAUGUGCCGGAGAAGAGGACACGGCUCGACAUCACUCCUGAUGCCAAAGCGACAGGUACCUCAGCUCCUUACGACAGACCGCAAUUAAAGCAGGAAUCGCUGGACCCGUUACGGACAGCCUUAAUAACAAAAACCCUGGCUGUGGGUACCACCAAACGGACACUUCUGCUACUGACUCCACAAUUGAGGCAACAGUAUACGAUGGUCUUAAUGCCCUGAUUAGUGCAGAUAACAACCUAAUCUGCCACAACCUGCAUGGUGGCACAACAUUUGAUUGCCUGAGUAAUCAUCUGUAGAUAAGCUGUUUUCUUCAUAUGAACAUAUGUCUAUACUCUUAUAUUAUAUUCACUUGCUUAAUUAACCUUAGGCAAAACAAGUAAGCAAAUUUGUAAUGAAACGUUCUGAAAUGUAAAAUCACUAGACCGCAUAGGUAUGGAUGUAUGUGUAAAGAAGCUCGCGAGUUGUAUGUUAGUAUCAAUUUAAUUAAGCUUGUUCUAUACAUAAAUUUACAAAAAUGUGCGUACUCUCAUGCCACUGUCUAACCUUUUGUCACUCUUGAAUCACACUGUUGUGGCAUUUGUUUGAUGCCCUGUAACCACCUGCACAACUAAAAAUAAUAAAAAAUAAAAAAAAUUAAAAAAAAUAAUUCAAAAUGGUCUGCAUUCUUCAACCUUAAGGGGAAAAAAAUUGAAAGUCCUCUCAUUUUAGGAGUAACUGAUGAUCAGUCCACUCUUUGAUAUUAAGCUGAAGAGCCAAAUCUCCAUGAUAAAUAAACAGUCCAUAUUUUUACAGUAUCCCCAUGGAAUUACAGGAACGGACAUGCUUAAAUCCUGGACUGUUGGUGUGUCUUGAGGAAUGAGUUGAGCACAACUGUCCUGUUCAAAUGGAAUCUAUCAGAAUGGCAAGAAAUCAUAGAAUAUAAUAGAACAAAUAAUAAAGCAAUGAGCUUUUGUCCUAAAAGUACAUUUAUGGCAAAUUAACACUAAUAUAUGUUGCUAGAAGAGAAAAUUCCUAGGAAUCUUGGAGGUGUCCCUAGAGGCAAUGUAAAGGCAGUGUUUGCAUGCAAAAAGCCUGAAGGGAACUAUUAUACUCACCAGAACAACUACAUUAAGCUGUAGUUGUUCUGGUGACUAUAGUGUCCCUUUAAUUUAGAAUGUAUCUUCUGCACUGUUAAUAGCCUUUUGGACCCUGCAUGAGCCUCCGGAGUGUGAAUAAAGUUUGUUAUAGAGGAGGAGAUAAAAACUUAUAAACUAUCUUCUUAACAAUGAAACCAUUUUAUUUUUCAUGCAGGCUGUCUGUCAUAGCCAAGGGAGGUGUGUCUAGGGCUACAUAGACCAAAACAAAAGUGAUUUAACUCCAAAAUGGCAGGGAAUUGAGCAGCAAGACGGCAGGAGCAUGAUCUACACACCAAAACUACUUCAUUAAACCAAAGUUGUUUUGAUGCCUAUAGUAUCCUUUUAAAGGGACCCUGUAGGUACCCGGACCACUUCAGCUAAUUGAAGUGGUGUGGGUGCUGUGUCCCUUUUGCACCUAGUGCUGCAAUGUAAAACAUUGAAGUUCCAGAGAACUGCAAUGUUUACAUUGCCGCUCUAAGUCUGCCCUCUGUGGCUGUCUACCAGACAGCCACUAGAGGGCUUCCGGAAUCCAAACUGACUUUUGGUCCGUUAUCUGAUGCUGGACUUCCUCGAGGACCUCCAGCAUCAGAUUUUCCCCAUAGGAAGUCAUUGAAUAAUACUGCGCAUUAGGCCUCCCCCACCGGCUGACAUCAGUGGGGGAGGAGCGUGGGUGGUGCCUGACCCAGCGCCGAGGGACAUCGGCGCUGGAUUCAGGUAAGUGGCUAUAGGGGUUUUAACCUCUUAAGCCCUGGGGUGGGGGGGACCUAUUAACCCUACAGUGCCAGGGAAAACUGCUUUGUUUUCCUGGCACUAUACGAUCCCUUUAACUGCCAUGUACAAGGCCUCUCUCUUUAAAGUGAACCUGUCUAGUGGAUGGUGAAAUCCAAACUUUAUAUCUCACCUUCUCUUCCAGAAAAGUGGUGUCAUGGCAUGGGCAUAGCGGUUGGUAUGGUGUUCUAUACUUCCUGCUAGCAUGCAUGUCUGUGCUAGGAGUUAAGGUGUGUCUCUUGAUUGGAGUAACUGUCUAUGCAGCCAUUCGUGGUCUCUCUAUCUGUAUUCUUGAAUUUCAUGAUUUAUUCAAAACCACAAACUCACCUUUAUGACUGACUAGCUUUUGCAUUGUACAAACGUCUUUAAAAAGACAUUAUAGUCGCCAGAAUACUACAGUUUACUGUAGUUGUUCUGGUGAGUAUAGUCGGUCCCUGCAGACUUUUUGUUGUUAACACUCUUUUCAGAGAAAAAACAGUGUUUACAUUACAGCCUAGGGACACCUCCAGUGGCCAGUCCUGGGAUGGCUACUAGAGGUGCCACUGACAUUCAGCAUCGCCACCCUCUGCAUUGAGACACUAAUUUUUCCUCUUAGACAUGCAUUGAUUCAGUGCAUCUCUAUGAGGAGAUGCUGAUUGCCCAGGGUGGCAUUGUUCCGCCCCCCGGUCUGCCUUCUUGGCUGAGAUCAUCUGUAUUGACAAUCUCAGCCAAUCCAAUGCUUUCCUAUGGGAAAUAAUUGUGAUUGGGUGAGAUCAUUACUUGUGAUGACAGCUAAGGAGCCAGAUCGGGGGAAAGAGCCAGCAACAGCAGACUGGACUAAAGGUAAGAUAUUACUAUAUUUAGAAGGGCAAGUGGUUUCCAGUGAAGGCUAGUGUUUUUAACACUAUAGGGUCAGGAAUAAAUGUUUGUGUUCCUGACCCUACAGUGUUCCUUUAACUUCUGCUAUUUAUCUCUUGAAGUAUCUUUUUGUUGUGUGUGUGUGUGUAUGUAUAUAUUCCUUGUAUAUAUGUAUGUAUAUAUAAUUUCCUUGAAUGUGGGCUAACCACAGUUCUUGAUUUUUAAUCAUUUUUAAAUUUAUUCUUUCUGCUAUUUUUGUUUCUCUUUCUUCCCUGUAUCAAUUUAAUUAUGUUCUUCUUUACAGGUAUCUGCUGUAUCAUUAUCCUAUAUCGUCUGCUGUUAUUGGUGUUUCUAGCAACUUUGUUUUCUUGAGUGUUUUGGUCGUGCUCAGCUACGUGCAGUGGGGGCUGGGUAGAACACGUGGGCAGGUGAGUGGUGUCUGAUCUAAAGAGCAUGUAUAUGCAAGACAGACUGAUCACAGCAUAGGUGACUGAGUAUACAAAUGUAAACCUGGGAUUAGAAAUACUCAGUCUACAAAAUUGUUCAGAAUUUGACAAGUGUACUAAAUGUCCUCGCUCAGAUAUACAAUAUAUAUAACACAUUUCUUUAACAUUAGGAGAGCAUACAAAACUAGUAUCCUUUUGUAAAUAUAAUAAAACCAUUUAAACUUCCAUGGUUCCUAUUAGAGUAAAUGCAGAGCUCCUGAAAAAAUUGUCUCUUAAGGCAACAGAGUAUGAUACACUUAAAGUAAUUCACUGAUUGUGUUUGUGGUCCUUCAUCUCAACAAAGUAGUUAUGAGGACUGGAGUUUCUGAAUGCCUUAUGAAAAUUGUGCACUGCCAUAUCAGUCCUCUUCAUUUCUGCCACAAUGAUUAGGAAGAUUUGGCAUGAGCAAAUCUGGUAAGUGGGGGAGGGGGAGAGAAAUGGUAAGAAGUCAUCAAGAGACUUGAGCCCCAUAGCAACUUUACUGUAUUAAUGUUAUGGGGUGGAGAGACCCUUUUAACUUGUUAGUGAAGUGGAUCAGCUAUUGCUUGUAUGGCAGUAAAUCCUUAUUUAAAAAUAACAAAGGAACAUGGGUUAUCAUUUAUCUGUGGCGUCUAUAAAAGAGUGAACUUUGCUGCAAGAAGCAUCACGUGACUCUUCGCAAAUGGAUCUUUCAUUUUAAUUUAAUUUUGUCUUUCUCUGCUAGGUUGAGGAACGAAGUAGAGCGAGCACUGAACGGAGAAGAGCUGAGUCUCAGAGAAGGGAAUCUGUCCAACCUGGUGAGGAUAUGAAUUUAUAUUGCAUGCAUUUAAUUUGUGUUUCAACCCAUUACUUAACAUUUUAAAGAUAUAUUUACAUUAUGUUUACCUUUGCUAAUUCUGGAUGGAUGGAUGGAUGGAUGUUUGCUAGUGUAUAUGGCCCUAUGUAAUACAUUGUAGAAGAACUAGCAUCAGAUGAUGGGGUGAAUAUAUGCAUGCUAUGGUUGUUUGUAGCCACUGCCUGGAAAUUACCUAGUUUGGAGCAAACCUGGUGUGCAAAAGUAUUACACUUGGUUUUUUAUGUAAAAAAAAAACCUCCAACCGAUAUUGCUCCAUUGUACGUUCACGGGCUAUAAGUCACGGUGGUUUGUAUUUAGUGAAGGCCGGUAAGACUGCUAGACAAGGGGUAUUGUUUGGAUGGCCGUACAAAUGCCUUCUGUCUUUAAUCUUGCAUUUUCUUGGCUUAUGUUGCCGACACGAAUUGGAGAGGCUUGCAAUUAAUUGUGUAUUAGGUUAGCAAAAGAAAAUUACAUCAAAACAGAUUAAUUAAUUAGACCGGAUCGUCUUGUAUGUCUAGAAAAAUAUUGGGAAAAUACUACUAGGAAUAUAUUACUGUAUCAAAGUUACAUGCCUGCAACUAAAGCUAUAAUCCUAGCAUAGAAACAUUUGUUUUCAGUGAAUGUAGAAAAUUGCUAUAGAGGGAUAUUUGUAUUUAGGAAUUACCCAUGAAUUUUACCUAGACAUGCUGAGCAGUGUCAAACUUUGAUGUUGUCAUUGGCAUUGUGACCUAUGCAUCAGCAGAAAAAAAAUAUAUGUAAACACUAUAAAAAGAAAGGGGGCAGGGGGCAAUUUCCCUUUGUAACAUUUUAUUUAUUUCAGAUUCUAACCCCUAAUGUCAUUAUAAGCAUGACAAUCUAGCCGUAUUCCUCAGCUGGCACUUUUUUAAAUUUUAUAUAAGCGUGUAAUGUAAAACCAUCCUGGAGCGUUUUUAUAUGUAUCUGUAUUAAAAGAGCACCCUGGUGAUAAUGUAGCUAGGUAUCAUGGUGCCCUCCCAGAGUAAGUAGUCAGACCAUUUAAGAACCGUUUGGCAACUUACCUGGGUACCUGCAAAGCUAAUGCUGUCACCUUCUGAGCCGGCCUGUGCAGGACUCCAAGCAAAUUUGUAAAUGGUUUAACUACUUAUUCUGUGAGGGUGCCAGGGCAGUUCUGGCAUCAUAACCACUACAGCACACUUCUAGAUAAACUAUAUCCAAUCACUGCCCAUGUUGUCCAUCAAACUAAACGUCAACCCUGGCAUACCAAAUCCAGAUUGUCCCUCUACAGUCCAUGAGGAGUGCCUCUGCAAGAUUCUACAUUACGUCCAGGACUCUCAUACCUCACCACUCUGUCAGUCUCCAACUCAUUUAGGAUUUGGUUCGAGGUUAUCGCGCUUGCUUACAACGCUCUCCAUAACUGUGCCCCAGCUUACAUCUACUCCCUCGUUAGCAGAUCUGCUCCAGCCUGGCCUCUAUGCACUGCCGUCGACCAGUUACUGUCCCAUUUUCACACAGGUACCCUAUACUCUUGUCUGCAUGGCUUCUCUGGGGUGUCCCAACCUUAUGGAAUGCCCUCCUGCGUGACAUCCAACUCUCUGCAGUCCUUGUAAAAAAAAAUAUACAGUUGCAAGAAAAAGUAUUUGAACCCUUUGGAAUGAUCUGGAUAUCUGCACAAAUUGGUCAUAAAAUGUGAUCUGAUCAUCAUCUAAGUCACAACAAUAGACAAUCACAGUCUGCUUAAACUAAUAACACACAAAGAGUGAAAUGUUGCCAUGUUUUUAUUGCACACCAUGUAAACAUUCACAGUGCAGGUGGAAAAAGUAUGGCUUAUUCUGGCUUUCUGAAACUAAUAAGAGGUAGAGUAGGAUAGAUCACUUUCUGAGCAGGUCCAGAAGGGAAGCUUGGGAAAGCCAGGAUGAGUGAUCUAGUCUUUAGGGAAACAUUUAGGCAUACAAGGUAUGUACUGCCACAGUUAGAAUUUUAAAUGUCUUGUUUACCUACUGUACAGCACUGUGCAAUAUGUUAGCACUGUAUAAGUAAUUGUAAAUAUGUUAUGGUGCUAGUAGGGCCCUCGUACCACCCAUUCUAACUAGCCUGGACAAUUUAACCUUUUUAUCUGGUGUCCACUGGGCUCUGCUCCCCGCCUCAACUACUUCCUAUGGAAAGUCUGAAGCUCCGAAGCAAUAGCUUCUGUUGGCUCUCUGUUUGAGCAAAGCCUUGGAGUACAGGGUUAGCUCACUGGCUGAGUGUGUCAGCUGAUCUGUCAGAAGAAGAGGAGGCAGGAAGUGGUUUCCCAGCAUAUCCCAGGCAAGUUUUCAAACCAUUUGUAACCUGUUUGACUCCUGCGCUCUAGUGGUUAUGGUGCAUUGAGUGUUCCUUUUAAAAGCAUCAUAAAGUUGUCGUUUUAUAUGCCUGAUGUUUUCUCUAGCAGAUUUCUGUUUAAGGUUUCUCUUUCACUCUAUUAAAUUUUGCCGCUUUCAACAUACAGUGAUUCUUAACCCCUUCUUUUUAGUGGGUUCCUAUUGAUUCAAAAGGAGCAUUUUUAUUCAUGAGGUCUAAAGCAAUUGCCUGCAAAUUGCACUAAAAAAUCAGUGUGACUACAAUAGACUGUGUAGAUCUCUCUUAAUGUUGGACAGAAUCUAAUGGGUUUUGCCAAAUUAGUUGUCUUUAAAAUUGAUAAAGGGGACCCCCAAGUGAAUAUUGUGUACAAUUUGGGGUGCAGACAAAGGUUCAGAAUCACUGUAUUUUUAUACAGUCAUCUCAUUCUCCUGUCUGUGUGCUUAUCUUUUCUCAUUUUCUACCUAGCUUCCACUUCUCGAGUGUCUGUUAAUGACCAUCGACAGGAGGGGACUCAAAGCAAGAGUAAUAAAAAGAUAGAUCAGGGCAAGUUUCACGAAAAAGGUGAGAUGGAGGGACUGCGAGCAAUAGUGUCCUAUGAGUCAGUAUAGUGGUUAUGUUGGCAAUAGUCCAUGGAUGCAAUCAUCUGGUUAUGGGUUUGCCUGAGAGCUUGGCUAACCUAGUUGACGACAGUAAGCUGUCAAGGGACUUGGUCAAGCACUGAGCCUGCAUGCACCGGGCUGCAUGUGUGUGUCUCUCUCGGUAAACAUGUGUUUGAGGUAUAUGUGAAUUUGUAUCCCUUCUGGUAGUCAGUGGGGUUUAGAAAUGCCAGCCAGUGAGUUUUUAAGGGUCCACAGCAAUUCUGAAGGUAGUAUGGCCUACAACUGCCAUCAAAGUUGGACAAAUCAGCGUCAUCAAUGCAGUUGCGCAGUGGACAAUUUGUGGGUGCCCGAAAUAAAUGGGGAGGAAACGUAUGGGAAAUGACUGCAGAACUUAUUGGAAGGGACACGCAGUAAUGGUACACACUAUUACUCCCAAUAGGUUGGUAAUGAUAGGCUGAUAAUGUCAGAUGGUUUUUAGCCUGUCACUGGCUGUCGGAGCCAAUGCUUCCUCAUUAGCAAAGCAGCCAGGAGGUGGCAUGACAGGGACAGGACUUUGGGGUUAAACCGUUUGAAAAUGGUAUAAAGUGGUAUGGUAAGUUGGCCCUCCAGAACGCCAGCCCCAUUACUUCACUGAGAUGAAGUUUUUAGGGGCCAGAGUGUCCCCCGUAUCUCCUAUAUGAUUAUCUGUUUCAAACUCCUCAACCUUUUCCAUUCGUAAUCUUUUUCGUUUUUAAAGGGUUAUGCCAUCCACCAUGACCACUUUUCGUUUUAGAAGUGGUUGUAGGAGUCUGUAUGUGCAGUGUUUCUGGUUGUAACUCUGCACAUCCAGAGAUAUAUUAACUUUUUGUUUUGGGGGCUUGUUGCACCACUGGUACAUGUGACUUUGGUAGCCCAGAAUUCUGUUCCGCAUUGCCAAAUGUUUAUACUGUUUAAAGAAAAACGCAUACAAACGGAAUUGGCAUUGUCCUUGCAGGCAAGGGGAAGUUUUUGUCUGCUGUCCCACCCCCUCUAUACCCACUAUUUAUUUACUUUACCUCCCACCCCUCGCUAGUCUGAGCCAUUAAAAUGUCCAAUCAAAGGCUUCUCUAUGAGAAACCUUAGUUUGGACUUCAUGAUGACUGAUGGACGUUAAACAGGGGAGUGCAGAAACAACUAUAGUAAAACAUACAGUGUAAAAAGAAAAGGGUAAGAGUAACUCAUUAAGCUCAGAGCCAUCUUGCAGCAUGCUUUGUAGAAGUGUUGUAACGGCUAGAUAACUCUCUCUAUUGGCCAUGUGGUCAUAAAAAUGCAAGCACAUAUAUUCAAAAAAUGUUGCACACAUGCCUGAGACUUUUUUACAUCCCCUUCAAAAUCACCAAAAGCAAUGCAGAAGAGCUUAAUGUCCCAUCUCACCCCUUACUUUUGCUCCUGCAAUUUUAACUUUUUGUGUAAAUUCUAUCCCACUAACAAAGUUCAAACACAAGAACUUGCAUGCCAGCUCAAGCCCACCAAGCUAAACUCCAGUUUAGCUAGAACAGGUGCCCCAUGUUUUAUGAAAUGGGGAAGAGGAUUCCUAACGAUUUUAUUGCUUUUAUGGACUGUGACAAAGUGAGAAUUUGUUUAAUUUUUAUUUGAUGCCUACUGGAUGAUGAACUUGAAGUCCCUAAUAUAGCAUUAAAUAUCAUGUUUACUUGGUAACAAACUUUUUUUAUGCUUUAGCCAAGUAAACAGGACAUUUUUGUUGGGGGAAUUUUGUCUCCCAGAUAUAGCCCUUAUGGACUUCAUUUCCAACAAGAAAGCCAAACAUUUUGGCGUAAUUUGCCAUCAGAAGGAACCAGACCUUCUUGAUGUCAUUUUCAAACCACUAAAACUUCAGAUUAGCUACAGCAUUCCACCAGUGGUUCUGAUUCUCAGUCUUGCUCAAGAUCAGAGUAGAGACUGGCAAGUAAUAGCUGUUUACAUAUUGGUCAAGAAGGCCAAUGGUUUAUGUAUCUUUGUGCACUCUCAAAAGGCCACUGCGUAGUCUUCCUUACUCUCCAGAUAUAUUCUAGACAGAUCUUUCAGAUAUAGGGCUCAAACGUGUUGUAUGGUAUCUGAGUAGUUUUUGUUAAUAUCCUACAGCAGGAUAAAACAUAAUUUCCAUCAAAUUGGUUUAUUAUAGAAUGUGAUGGGUUUUAUACCAAAAGACAAAUGUCCAAAGUGCAUCCUUAUUUGGCUCCAAUUCCUCAUAUUCUGUGUUUUGUAUAGCUAGUUUGAGGGUUUUAAGCCAUUAUCUUGCAAAUGUUGUAAUUUAUAGACACAAACCCUCUAUGCAUGAUAAACUCGCUAUUUAAACAUUCGGAGUCUUAGGAUCCAUACAGUCCACAUAAAGUGAUUGGGGAAUAUCCUGGCAGCCCAACUCAAAACCAAAUUGGUCACAAAGUCAUCUCUAUACUAGUUUUCAGGUCACCACAGUGCAAUAUAAAUAAAAAUAAAUAAAUAAAAGGCAGAUGGGUAAGCAGUGCAAUGUCCAAUCCAAUGCUCCUCAACGGAAUCCUAAUGUGUGGAGAGUGCCACACGCACUCAAAUUUCCCAUAUGAAUCAAUGCUUUCCCAUUUUUCAAAGAUUGUUACUGUAGUUAGAAGAGGCAUAAGGAGAGGGUGCAUUAAUCAAUGGGUUUCACACUGUUUGGAUGAAGGGUAUGCUUUGGCACUAACUGAACUCUUCUUUAAUAGAUGACGAUGACACACCAGCAACUGAGACCAUUGGACAAAGUGAUACAGAAGACCCCACAACAACUUUUGGUAAGAUGUAAUACAAUUCUAUUCAAUGAGUAUAUUUUGUUAUAACUCUCGUUCUCUUCAUGUCAACUUUCUUGUAAGAUGUGAGGUUUACAAGUAAGAACAUUCCAAAGAGGUAAUUUUCAGCAGCACUCUUUAGCCUGAGUUUGGUCAAUUUUGUGAUUUGAGUGCCUAUUGACCUCAUCUGUGGACCCCCCUACCUUAGUCUUUCUGUCUAGCCUGUCCUUUUAACUUUUUGUGUCCAGCUCUGUUACUUGUCUUUUUCCAUUUACGUUCAAGGCCUUUGUUUGCUAGUUUUUUUCAACUCAUAGCUUCUCCCCACUUGCUUCUGACAGGUGAUCUGCAUGUUUUAUCCCCUGGUUGUACUAUUCCCCUCUCCCCCACGUGUCUUAAUACUGUUUGCCGAAUUGUUUUUGGUGUAUACAGUAAUUUUGUUAAACACAGUUUAAAAAAGAAAACCUACUGGGGCUUCAGUUAGAACAUACCCCUUAAUGAGUUGACACAUGCACAACUGAUCUUUCAUUGUGUAUGUUUGCUCCAUUCUAAAAGUUGAAUGAUUUAUAAUUUAUUUUUUGGUCACGUUAUCUAUACUGACAACUUGUUUGAUUUUUAGACAUUGAUCCAUACUCAACAGGCAGUGGUGGUGAUCUCUCUAGACAAACAGAGCACCGGGGUGUGAGGAAUCCCUUAAGUAUACACACAGAUGUAGAAGAAUUUUUGGAUGCUGACACAGGCCUUCUUGAUGAUACACAGAACUCAGGUCUUCGGCAACGUACAACUCAUUGA